UGGGUGUUCACUCAGUUGAUGCGACCCCUGAAACACUUCCAUGUACUGCAAGUGAACGACGAAAUUUCCUGCUGUCAUUGUCAUCUGACAUUGUCAACAUGGUUUAUGAGAAACCGAACACAAAGGAAUUACUUGAUAGUGAACCAGCACAAGAGGGCUUUCAAUACUGCUCUUGCAAAAUGGACAUAGGAGGGAUGAUGCUAUUUUGUUCUUAUACAAAGUGUAGAAAAGGGCAAUGGUUUCACAUUGACUGUCUUGGUAUGUCAGAAGAAGAUGUCCCUGAAGGUGACUGGUUUUGUUCUGAGGAGUGUAGGAAAUUAAAGAAUUCGAGAAAGAACAAGAGUGCUAUUUCAGAAAGAUUCAGAGAUCUGAAGAAGGAAUAUGCUCACAGACUUCUCUGGAGAGGACUGAAUGAUCUUGCAAGGGCUGAUGCUGUAUCAGAAAAUGAUGGGCUGAGGGUGAUCCGGCAUUGGAAGUUUGAUUUCAUGGAAUUCUAUGAGAAACAUCAUCCAAAAUAUUUUGUAUUUGCCCAUCGACUGCUUUCCAAUGUUGCGGGUGAAAUUCAGAGAGGCUUCGACACCAGCUCAUCUGGAACCAAACAGUCAAUAUCAGAGGCGGAAACAACAUGCCCAAAGACUUGCACAAUGAGUUCCUCAACAAAGAGUACAAAGAAAAUAGCAGAGAUGCUGGGGGUCAGCUUACCGACGCCAAAAUUGCAACACAUAGUCAAAUGCUUGGAAUAGGAAAAGUUCUCUCCAGGAAGUAUCAGGAUGCAAUAGUUUGCUCAUCAGUACACUCCUACACCGGAAGGAGCUCAAGCCCUGAUGACUCGGGAGACAUUCUAAAGUUGGUAGAGUUGCUGGCACCUAUCUCUCUUUUUAAGGAGGAAAAAGGAAGGUCAUUUAAAGGUUUCGAUUAAUUUCCAGGAACUUUUUCUGUCUCUCAUCCCAAGGGUAUGAAGGACAGAAUCCAAAGUUUUCGAAAGAAAAUGGCGAACAACAGACGACUGCAGAUGAUGCACUA